AUGCCUCGGGGUCAGAAGAGUAAGCUCCGCACCCGUGAGAAACGCCGCCAGGCCCGAGACGUCUCCCAGAGUCACAGGAGAGUUCAGGCCAUUGCAGCAAUAGAAGAGCCUCCCUCCUCCUCUUCUACUGUUUUGGAAGAUGACCCCCAGAGCUCUUCAGCUACUGAGUCAAACAGCACUUCCCAGGGAUCUUUGAAAGCCCCAUCUACUAUCACCACUUCUUUAAGUACUUUUGGCACAAGACCUGAUAAAGAUGAUAACAGCCUAGAUGACGAACAUCCAUCUUCCUCCAAUGUCUCACCUUCUACUGAGGGCAUAUGCAGUGAUACUCUAACUAGCAAGGUGAGUUUGUUGGAGCAGUUCCUUUUGUACAAGUAUAAAAUGAAGCAGCCCAUUAUGAAGGAAGACAUGCUGAAGAUGGUCCACCAAAACUACCACGACCAAUUUGAUGAGAUUCUCAAGAAAGCCUCUGAGCGCAUUGAGACUGUCUUUGCGGUAGAUGUGAAGGAAGUCGACUCAACCAGUCACUGCUAUGAUCUUGUCAGCAAACUGAAGCUCCCCAACAAUGGGAGGGUGCGUCCUGGCAGGGGGUUACCCAAGACCGGUCUCCUGAUGACAAUCCUGGGUGUGAUUUUCAUGAAGGGCAACUGUGCCGCCGAGGAAGACAUCUGGAAAUUCCUGAAUAUGAUUCGAGUCUAUGCUGGGAGGAAGCACUUCAUCUACGGGGAGCCUAGGAAGCUCAUUACCAAAGACUUAGUGAGGCUGAAGUACUUGGAGUACCGCCAGGUGCCCGACAGUGAUCCUCCACGCUUUGAAUUCCUCUGGGGCCCAAAAGCCCACGCUGAAACCAGCAAAAUGAAAGUCUUGGAAUUUUUGGCCAAGGUCAAUGAUACAGUUCCCAGUGCCUUCCCAUCACAAUAUAAAGAAGCUUUGCAAGAUGAGGAAGAGAGCCAGAGUUGCAGCCAGGCCUGGCAUGACUGUUACUUCCAGGGUUAUGAACCUGACAGGUGUCCACAUCUCCUGACCUCCUGUCUGUACUCCUUCCUGCUGUCCCUGAUGAUGCCUCAGAGUCAUAAGACUAAGCACCAUGCUGAUGAGAAAUGCCAUCAGGCCCAAGAUGAGACCCUGAGUUGUGAGGGUGCUCAGGCCACAGCAGUGGCAGAAGAGGAGUCCACUCCGUCCUCUCCUCAGUGUGGAGGCAUUAUCCAGAGUCUGCCGGCUGCUGGAUCGUGUAGCAUUUCUCAGGGGCCUCAAACCACUACUUCUGCAAGCAUUUCUUCCACUAGAUCUGAUGACGAUUCCAAUGGCCAACCUGAUGAUAGGGCAAUCGCCUUUGCAGCCCUACCCUACAGUGAGAGCUCAGGAAGUGAUUUUUUAACCAGAAAGGCUGGGUUGUUGGAGCAGUUCCUUCUGUACAAGUAUAAAAUGAAGCAGCCCAUUAUGAAGGAAGACAUGCUGAAGAUGGUCCACCAAAACUACCACGACCGAUUUGUUGAGAUUCUCAAGAAAGCCUCUGAGCGCAUUGAGAUGGUCUUUGCAGUAGAUGUGAAGGAAGUCGACUCAACCAGUCACUAUGAUCUUGUCAGCAAGCUGAAACUCCCCAACAAUGGGAGGGUGCGUGCUGGCAGGGGGUUACCCAAGACCGGUCUCCUGAUGAAUCUCCUGGGUAUGAUCUUCAUAAAGGGCAACUGUGCCGCCGAGGAAGACAUCUGGAGAUUCCUGAGUAUGAUGGGACCCACGCUGAAACCAGCAAAAAAAGUCUUGGAAUUUUUGGCCAAGGUCAAUGAUACAGUUCCCAGUGCCUUCCCAUCUUAUUAUGAAGAAGCUUUGCGAGAUGAGGAAGAGAGAGCCGAAGCCAUGCACAGCCAGGGCUGA